AUGUCGCCUUCAUUGAUGAGUUCUGAGAUGACUCAAAAAGCUGUCACAGGACAUAUAGCGCCGUCCACAGAUGUUGCACAUGUUGAGGCGGUUGACCCAGACACAGUGGACUCGUCAGGGCUGGUGUAUAGUGUCGGGGGCGACGGUGUGGACGAGUCCCACGCCCACGCCUACUUCACCAUCAACCCUCACACCGGCCAUCUCCUGCAGCUACGGGGAUCUUGUGGUAGUGACAGAGCUGUUCCAUGGAAAAAACCUUUCAGGAAGACUAGCAUACUGGUAUCGGACCAUUCAAGUGCCCCCAUGUUCAAGUACUUACCAGGACGAGCGACCGUGGUCACCGACGAUUUGUUCAGAAACAUAGGGCUAUACAUAGCAACUACUUUUCCACCUGCUCCAGUGCUGGAAUACCCUACAACGGAACUUCCUAUGACACAGUCGCCAUUGACGUGCUACAACUUCCAAGGAGUCACCAAAGAUUUUCUUGUCGAUGAUGAGUUUGGAUUGUUCGUUGUCAAGGAAGUUGCAGAGGAGACCCGUGGUGCUGGGUGGCAUGUUAAGUUGGGUGAUCUUAUAUUUGAGUCCUUCGUGCCAUACUUUGUCGAAGGCUUUGCUGUCAUCUCUGAGUACUAUGUUGCAUUGGUUUCUGUUGCUGGCUGCAUUCGCGAUGGAUUCGCACUAGAUCGUGACCCACCGCUGGGGAGAGACAUAUGGGAAGUGAGGGUACAGGUGAGAGACGGACAGCGAGUGUCACCCUCCUUGGCAGCUGUGUCUCGAGCAUCCAGAAGACCCAGAGUCACCUACGCUCAGCACCGCUACUCCCACCAUUCUAAAGUGUCUCCAGAGACUACAUAUUUUAUGCCACAGAAACCCAAUGUGCCAGUACAGGGUCAUUACUUCUUGUCACGAUAUCCCCAAGUACCAGGACAGAGUCAAAGUUUCUCAUUGCAGGACCCUGUUGAACCAGAGGAUCAAAAUUUUCUCUCUCAAAGUCUUGCAAUGCCACACGAUGCACAUGAUGCUUCGUUACUCCAGCAUGAAGAAAAUUUUGAAGACGAGGGCUGGAGGCUUAAGAAAAAUAUUCAACAAAAAACAAUGCUGAUGGAAUCAAGAUUUUUUUCAAAGCCCGGGUUUGGACCUACAUACAGAAUAAAUGAAAGAGCUGGAUUAAAAAAAAUAAAAAAUAGCAAGAAACAUGGAAAAAGUGAAGGAAAGAAUGCAAAUACAAAAAUACGUACAAGGAAAAGAGGUGAGAAUAACCAAAAACGGAGGAGAGUAGCAGAGAGGAAGAAGAAGUUGCGAGACCAAAAUCAUCAGAACUCAAGGAAAAUGUCAGGGGAUAAAAAACAUAAGGUAGCAAGAGGUAGACAAACAAGUGGUGCUGGAGCGAGAAGAUGGAAAGUAGCUUCGGGGUCAGGCUAUGGGUCUCAAGCCGGAGUAGGUGAAGAGGUCUCAGCAUCCACUACUGUAUGUGAAGAUCGCCUUUUCCAUGAAACCAAUAGAAUGAAAAAAACAUCUAAUGGGGUAAGACUUUUGAAGAUUAAAUAUCUCAAGCACAGAAAACAUGAGCAAAUUGGAGUGAAAUGUAAACUCUUCUCUGCCAGAGAGGCGCUAAAGUUAAAAUCAACACAACUUCAUGCAGGAAGCAAAUUGAGUUUUGCAAAGAGCAGAUUUUUCAAACCACUUACAAUGGCCAUACCUGAACCUGAGUACAACUUCAGUCAGUCUUUACCUUUUAUAGCAAAACCUCUGUUUCCAGAUACAAGUGAUCAUUCUUCCGCUCUUAAAGAAGUCCCCAAGACUCGACACAACAAAUCGCCGCCUCUGGAAGAAGGUUUUGAGAGAUCUCUAAAGUAUAAUAAACACGCCCGACAAGUAACUGCAUCAAGUUCUACCAGCACUAUUGCCUUGAAGUUUGGACGUAACUUGUCAGGGCACUCAGACAGAGUGGGACUGGAGGAGGGAUGGGAAGAUACAGAGUACGAUGGAACGGAUAUUAGUAAACGUGAUGUUAGCCAACUGCCAGUGAACGAUUUAGCAGUGGGCCAAUUACCCGAGGACUGGCGCUACGUGAAAAGGUUUGGAGCAGAGGGAGGAGGAUGUGAGGACUAUGGUGUGUUUAACAUGGGCUGGGAGGAAACCGAGAAGAAAAUGCCGUGGUACAUAAGGGAGAUGAGGCGUGACCAAGUGCACGUAGCGGAGACAGUGGUGACGGUGGUGGUGAAGGAUAUCAACGACAACGCUCCCAUCUUCCCCAACGCCACCAUCUACGGCGAAGUACAGGAGAACGGCCCCAUCGACUUAACAGUGGGCGUAGUGACGGCGUGGGACGCAGACGACAAGCAGGAGAGCACCAACGCAUUCCUCACUUACUCUAUCGAAAAGAACGUGAUCGACGAGCGCUCUGGCCAGGCCAUCUUUACCGUCAACCCCGAGACUGGCCUCGUUCGCACUGCCAGCUGUUGCCUCGACCGUGAGACCACACCCGAGUACCACAUCCAGGUGGUGGCGGUGGACGGAGGCGGUCUCAAGGAGGAACCUUUCAAGAUCCGACGGGGGAGCCACUUCCGCCGUGGUCGGCGUCCUCUGCGAACUUCCAUAACAUAUCAAGACACACCAGGUGCUACAGAUGUCAGUGCCGGACUCGGGAGAUGUGCGCCUCGGUCGGGACGACCGGGCACCAGCAUACCACCUGUUCAGCAUCAACUACGAAGUGUGCAGAACAAAGAAGAAAACACCAGGCAACAGCAGCAUAGGACACAAUCAUGA